UUAGAGUCCUGCAGAUACUCAGAUAGCAGCAGACACAGAUAGAGAAAGUAUAAAGUAGAAUAUAGAUUAAUUUAAAAAAUCAGGAAUAUGUACUAAAAACCUUCUGGAUUUAAUUUUGUCCUUUUAAUUCAAUUAUUUUUCCAGUUUUCUCCACUUCUUUUGCUUUUUGUUGUGUUUUUCCAUUUGCUAAGAGAUUUUUUUAAGUGUGUGUUAGUGUGUUUGUGAAUGUGUGUGUGUGUGUGUGUGUGAUUAUAAGUAAGUCAUGGAGCUGGAGCGUUUAGGUGGCGCUGGAGUAAAACCCGAGAGGGGCAACACUCGUCUCUUCAAGAUAGCCCUGGCCAUGUGUGUGUGUCUGUGUGCCGUUCUGCUGCUCGCACUCAUACUGGUUUCCCAAAGAUCCAGUCAGGAGGAGUUCUGUCUGACGCCAGAAUGCAUCGAGGCAGCCGGGUCCAUUCUAAGUAAAGUGGAUCGGGCAGUUGACCCCUGUGAGGACUUCUACAGCUUCGCCUGUGGAGGUUGGCUGAAGGAGAAUCCCAUCCCCGAAGAUUCCUCCUCGUACGGCAUCUACCCCUGGCUGCGGCAGCACGUCGACAUCCAGCUCAAAGAGUUACUGGAAGCUCCAUCCAACCCUGAUGAACUGGAGGCAGUGACCAAAGCUAAGAUCCUCUACCGCUCCUGUUUGAACGAGACCAUGCUGGAGAAGAUGGACACCAAACCGAUGCUGAAAACGCUCAAACAGCCCGAGUUCCGGUGGCCCGUGGUCGGGGACGGGCUCGGCGGCGAGUACCAGUGGUCGGCAGCUCGGUGGAACCUCCUGAAGACUCUGGCGCAGAUGAGGAACCAGCACAGCAAGAGCGUCCUGAUCCGCCUGUACGUCUCCCCUGACGACAAGAACUCCUCCAAGUACAUCCUCAAGCUGGACCAGGCGUCCUUGUCUCUGCCCUCGAGAGAAGACUACACCACCAACACGUCCUCUGCCCAGGCCUACCGUGCGGCCUUGCUCAGUCUGAUGACGGACACGGCCGUCAUGCUGGGCGCUCCAGAGUCGUCGGCGCUGACCCAGAUGGAGAAGGCGCUCGCCUUCGAGACCAAACUGGCUCAUAUCCUGAUUCCCUACGAGAACCGCACCAGUGAGAACAUGUACAACAGAUACUCGUUGUCUCGCCUGCAGCGCUCCGUACCACAGUUCGACUGGCUGGGUUUUGUAAAAGCGGUGGUGGAGUCUAAGAGCGACCCGACCCGCUCCAUCUCCUCCUCUGAGCCCAUCAUCGUCCGAGCCCCUCAGUAUUUCAAGGAACUUUUCAAGCUCAUUAAUGCCACAGACCCCAGGACCGUAGCGAACUAUGUGCAGUGGAGGACGGUUUUUUCCAGGAUCACCACUCUGAGUCGUCGUUUCCUCUACAGAUACCUCGACUACGCUCGGGUAACCACGGGAACCACCUCUCUGACCCCGCGCUGGGAUAAGUGCGUGAACUACGUGGAGAACUCGCUUGUUUACGCCACCGGGCGCCUCUUUGUCAACACACACUUCCAGGAGGACAAGAAACACAUGAUGGAGGAGCUGAUCGGGGGCAUUCGCUGGGCGUUCAUCGACAUCCUGCAGAAAGAGAACGAGUGGAUGGAUCAGUCGACGAAGACGAGAGCCGUAGAAAAGGCUCACGCCGUCCUGGCAAAGGUCGGCUACCCCGAGUUCAUCCUGAACGACACCUACCUGAGCGAAGAUCUCAAGGAGCUAAAGUUCAAUGAGUUGGAUUACUAUGGCAACGUGAUGCAGACGCUCAAGUUCAUCGCCAAGUCCGAUGUCGCCUGGCUUCGAAAGAGCGUUCCACGUACGGAGUGGUUUACAAACCCAACAACUGUGAACGCCUUCUACAGUUCUUCCACCAAUCAAAUCCGAUUUCCUGCUGGAGAGCUUCAGAAGCCUUUCUUCUGGGGGAGAGAGUAUCCGAGAUCUUUAAGUUACGGUGCCAUCGGGGUGAUCGUCGGACACGAGCUGACACACGGCUUUGACAAUAACGGUCGUAAAUAUGACAAAAAUGGAAACAUGGACCAGUGGUGGAGCAACUCGUCAAUAACAGCCUUCAAUGAGAAGACCCAGUGCAUGAUAGACCAGUACAACGGCUACCUCUGGGAGGAGGCCGGCCUGAAUGUGCGGGGGAAGAGGACUUUGGCAGAAAAUAUAGCCGACAAUGGAGGAAUAAGAGAAGCGUUCAGGGCGUACAGGAGGUGGGUGGCUGAGAGCAGAGGUGGUGUGGAGGAGCCUCUGCUGCCGGGAGUCGGACUGAACAACAACCAGCUGUUCUUCCUCAGCUACGCACACGUGAGAUGUAACUCGUACAGACCGGAAGCAGCCAGGGAUCAGAUCCAGAGCGGAGCCCACAGUCCGCCAAAAUACAGAGUUGUCGGAGCCAUGAGCAACUACGAAGAGUUUCGCAACGUGUUCAGCUGCCCCGAGGCGUCAGUCAUGAACCGAGGAGCACAGUCCUGCCGGGUGUGGUGACCUCUGACCUCUGACCUCAGCCUGACCCUGAACCUGGCUGUGAGCAGGAGGCCUGUGUUGAAAAGGCUGAUCAUGCUGGACGUAGCCUUUAGUUUACAUGGUGUGAGUUAUUUUACUCAUAGACAUGUUAGGCACUGAAGCCAUUUUACAGGAACUUUGACUGCACAUGUUGCAGCUACGGCAGAAAAUCAUGACUCAAGACUUUUGUCAGUCAUAGUUUAUCAAUUAUGUUUGGCAAAGAUAUUUUUUUGCAAGCUGUUGUUGUAAAAACUGCUCAUUUCUAUAGCAACAGAUGUACAGGAUAUGCACUGUAAGUGUGAGUAGAUAAAGGUUGAGCCUCUCCUAUGGGAAUAAAGAAGUUAUACAUCAGGGUGAAGGUUCAAUGACUAUAUAUAUUUUUACAGGAACAUAUAUUCCAGAUGUUACAGUAACUGUGAGAAGCAGAAAUAUAUCAGGUCAACAUCUGCAGACGUAUUUAUGAGCGGCGCUAGUCGAUGGGUUCCCAGCAUCCGUCAAACCAAAGACUCUAUUCCAAAAAAUAAGAAACAUCUUUUAAACCUUCAGUGUGUGUGUGUGUGUGUGUGUGUGUGUGUGUGUGUGUGUGUGUGUGUGUGUGUGUGUGUGUGUGUGUGUGGGCGCUCUUUUGAUAAGUCCUUGGUUUCCGCUGGACUUUGUUUGUCUGCUUCAGUUCAGCCUGAGGCUGCUGAACUCUCAGAAUCAUGGGAACUCGAAUAACAAGAUGAACUCCCUCCGUUUGUCUUCAAGUCUGUGGCACUGAACUGAACUGCACACGCACACAUCGGGCUCUUUGUGUUACUUGAUGUUUCUCUGGAGUACUGGAGGGAUUUUUACCAGAUUCAACAAGUUAGUCAGAAAAUUACAAUAGGCUCUAUCCUUUUUUUUUUUUAUUUCUAAAUCAAAUUUCCAGGUUGUUUUGUGUAUUUAAGUGAUUGUCGCCUUGUUUUUCUACAUUUGAUUGAUUCCUUUUUUUUUCUCAUCGUCGUGAUUUAAAGAAAAAUCCUUUGUCCAAGUUUAUUUUGGCCGCUGCUGAACUGUCACACAAACCAUUUGCCCCAGCUCUUCGUUAAUUAAAACGUAGACUAGUUAUUAUUAUUUAUGUGCUACUGACAAAAUAGCACCGCUGUCAUUUUUGAUUUUAGAUUAAACAAUCGAUUAACGAGCUCGCUGGCAAUUAAUAUAAAUCUGAGUUUUAUUUAACGCCUGCAAAAUAACGUGUGUGUGCAGUGCAAAUAAACUGAAACCACUGUAGGAUAUGUUACAGAAUCUUAGUUUUUUUUAUUUACAUUUUAUUAUUUUGAAAUGUUUUCUUUGUGUAAUGGGGACGAAUUAUUACCGUCAUUGUUCUUGAACCUAUUUGUGUGUGUUUCCUGUGAUCGUGGUUCACUGUGUUUCUGUUUCUUUCUCUGAGCGUCUUAAUAAAAACUCUUGCGCUCUCC